ACUCGCAACGCAAGCCACUCCUUUACAAGUCCACGCCCCAUUUAUUCUCUGCAGACCGCGCACUAGUUCGUGUCACUACUAUUCAAUUUAACGAACGAACCGGCUUCUAAGCGUCUUUGCUUGUGUUUUCAGGAAAUUACUCAGUAUUUUAGUGACCAUGGCAGAUCUCGCACCAGUUUUGAAUAAGAAGUACAAGUUAGCAUCAAGUGAAAACUUUGAUGAAGUUAUGAAAGCUCUUGGUGUCGGUUGGAUGACACGAAAAGUUGGUGGAAGUGUGAGUCCUGUUAUCGAGCUAACAGAGAGCGAAGGCGUCUACACCCUAACCUCUGCUUCCACAUUUAAGAACACUGAAAUCAAGUUCAAGUUUGGUGAAGAAUUUGACGAAGAAACUCCUGAUGGAAGGAAAGUCAAAUCGAUCAUCACUCAAGAAGGCACCAAGCUCAUCCACGUUCAGAAAGGUGAAAAGGAUACCACCAUCGUCAGGGAGUUCUCGCCUGAAGAGGUUAAGAUGGUAAUAACUGUCGACGACAUUGUUAGCACCAGGAUCUACAAAGUUUUACCUUAGAAGGUGAUUUUAUGUUUUCAUUUAUUUCAUAUUUGCCUCAUAUAUCUUGCCAUUUUUCUAUGUAACUGUAAGCUAUCCAAUUCAUGACAUGAUAUAAUUUUAUAUUAAUCCAUUUGAGUAAUUGUUUUACUUGCAGAAUAAUUUAAAAUAGCCUAGGCCUAUGGGUAUUUUAUAACAUAGGCUAAUUAAAAUUUAAUUUUUCUCUCAAAUUUUAUUUGAACAUUAGAAAUAAAAUCAUAAAUAAUGAAUGUAAUAAGGAAAUGAGAAAGGCCUAAAUUCUCUUAAUAUUAAAUGUUUCGAUAGUGUUAGGAAACAAUCUCAUUUUCAUUUACUACUUUCAUGGGUUAGGCUACUUAAUACGAGUUCCUAAAAAAGUUGUAAUAUUUAGGCCUAUUAAAAAUUAACAUAUGGCGCUCUCUUAUAUAAAAAUUUCUUUUGCGUAAAGUAACAAUUAAUCUCCUGAAAGAACCAUGUCUUAAAACCAUAAGCCCAUAUAAAAAUGAAGGCCAUAAAAUUUUUGCCAUUUUCUUGUUAACAUAUAAGUUCCUUUAAGUAUUCCUUAGUACUAUUAUUAGUGUUCCAAAGUUAUGUUAUGUGAUAAAUUAUAAGACUAAAACGUAUAAAUAUUUUCAUAAGCCUUUAAAAUAGGCUGUUAUUGUAGCUUUUUAUACAUUUUACAAAGCUUAGUGACUUAAAUUAAUCUGUUUUAAGAUACUUUAAAAUGUUAUCUUAACAAGUCUAAAAUAUUAUCAAGAAUAUUUGUAAAUUACACAGGCCUAUUAUUUAGAAUAUGCUAGAAACGUUACAUCACAUUUUAUACACUUAAGUACAUUGGCGCUUCACAUGAAGGCUGUAAUUAACCUUAUUUGUACUGUACAAUUUUUAUAAGCCAUUAAAAUGUAACAACUUGGAA